CAAGUGGCAAAUUUGAAGUGUGACCAUAACUAUGUUGGGAUUGUAUCGACGAGUGACUCUCGGCCACACCAUUUAUACUUUUCCAAGAUGUCCUUUAAGCCAAUCGAUCCAAAACGCGAUGAGAUCCGUCGCUACCUGGAGCGUGGCAGCGUGCUGGACUCGCUCACUAAAAUCUUCAUACGUGUGAUCAAGGAGCGCCCGGAGAAUCCGAUGGAGUACAUCCGGAACAACAUCGGGGUGGUGCGCCACCAGCACGACAAGUACGAGCGGCUGCAGCAGGACCUCCAGGUAGCCAACGAGGAGAUUCAACGCCUGCGUGGAAUCAUUAACAGCAUUAAUCCGGAGGUGCUUCAGGGCCACACACCCAUUGCCCAGGCGGAGCCUCAAGAAUCUUCUGAAUCUCAGGCUGCAGGUGGGGAAAGAAAUGAGCCAGUCGAGCAGCAGGAGAACGGAUCCCAGGAAGCCGCCGCACCAGUGGUGCAGGAGCUUUCUGCUGCAGUGGAGGCCUGCCAAAUCGAAGAAAAGAAAGAAAAUGACAGUCCGGCAGCAGUGCCAGAUGCAGCUAAUCCAAGCCCAACAUCCGUCCAGAUUGAGGCCAACACUUCCACCGACAAUACCGAGUAGAUCUCACAAUCUCGAAACCAAACAUCCCAUUAGAUUACACAAUAAUUUAAAAAGUGUAAAGUAUUUUCUUAUAAAUAAAUGUAAAUAAAGCAAAGAAGCUCAGCGUACGUAUUAUGGAUUUUUCAAAUAUUUAUUGAAAUCAGUUUCAUACACGUUUUAUAUCAUUUGUUUAUUAAUACAAAGGAUUAUUGAUAAUACAUAUUAAUAAUAGUUAAUUUUUAAAAAAACACAUCUUAAAAAUGAUAGAGAAGAGGAUGGCGAACGGAAAGAAAGGUUGCAGUUGUAUGAUUGCGGAAUUGAAUGCAAAAUAAUAUAAAUUUCUUUUAUUAUGGGCUUUGUAUUUGUAGGUUCCAUUUGAUCUAAUCAGACUGAUGAUGGGGGGUGGGGUGGACGAACAAAAACUGAUUAAUUUCUCUUUCAAAUUGAAGGUCAAAACAUCGUCAUAUAUGUUUAUAUUUCACUUCUUGGCAAGCGUUCUCCUCACUUAACGUUUUCCCUUUUUCGAUUUUUUGUAUUUUCAUAAUUUGCUUCAUUAUCCUAAGGCCAAAGAGCGCUACUGGGCCCCUUCUAAUAUGUUUUGUGACCGACUAAGGUUCAGUCACUGUCCGUAUGUCUAGUCCAAUUUGAUGACCUGUUUUUCUAGUGUUUAAAAUUUGGACAAAACGCAUUUUCUCAGGUCUGUGGGUGGUGUGUGUGUAUAGUAUGUGUGUAUAUAUGUGUGUGUUUUUGUAUAAAUGUGUGUGUGGGUGGAUGGACUGUUCGGUAAAAUUUAAAGAUAUAAAUUUAGGGACUGGAGCAGUUAUUAAAAAUAAAUA